GGUUUGUUAUGUAUAUUAGGUUGUUAGUGGAAGAGAUACCCUCUUUCUUUCUGUAAAUCAUAAUUUUCAAAGACUUGCCGCCCAUAGUAUAAGGCUAGCGCUAAUACCAAAAAGAGAAAAAAAGUUUAAUUUACUAUACCAGGCUUUCAAUAGGUAGGGCUUACACACAAUAGACAUUUUUGAAGUUGCAUUUUUAUUGCAUUGGAAAGAUUUGUUUUGUGGUUCUUACAUCACCCUCUACUGACAUUUCCAUAGACCUUUUUGAAUCUGUACAUUUUUUGAGGUAACCCCUUUUGGAUUUAACAAGUGGGUGCAAAGCAAAAAGAUGCAGGCACUAGGUGAAGUGAGUUCCUUUUCAGACUGUUUCUUUGCAUAAAGGUAUCAUUACGACUUUAUAGUAAUAUAUGUCAAUCAGAAGAUCCAUCUAUCCUCGUCUUUUUUAGGCGCAGCAGCUUGGUGGUUAUAACUCGUACUUUGUGCGGGAGACCUGGGGUUUGAUUCACCUUGACGGCCAAUCAAUAAGGGCACAUGAAUGUUACCAUAGCCCCAGGUUAACCCAAGCCAUGUGAGAGAAAUUGUAGGGAGUUUUCUGGUUCCCAGAUUGUUUCCAACCUUCCAUAUUCUCAUCUUAAAUGUUGUUGCAAGAGGGUGCCGUUUUUACCAUCCAAUCUCCAAAGCAUUUUCAAGUCAAGAAUUGUGUGGCCAAACAUGCCUUUUCUAGUGAAUUAUAAUGAUUUGUAAAUACAGGACAUCAAGUCUGAGGGUCCUGCACAUAACUUUGACAAAAAUCAUAAUGAAGGAUACUGCAAUAAACUUUGGCAAAAAUUAUAAUAAAGGAUACUGCAAUAAUAUUUAGUAUUUGUUGGCAUAGAGUUACCAAAAGGGCUUUAUUUAAUACAAUUUUAAUACAAAGCAUUUUUGCAUUUCAGAUAUAAUUCAGGCAAGUUUGGAAAUAAUUUAGGUGAGUUCGGGUGUAGUUAGCUGUGAUCCAUCAAAGAGACAAAUUUUAUUCAGAAAGUCACCCAAGAUUGUCUGAUAUAAUGCCAAUUUUGGCAAGUUGGGAAAGUUUUCCCAUUAAACAUUUGUUUUCCUUUUCACAUAUUACCUAAGUUUGCUUGAGCCUCAAAGUGUCUUACACAGCAAAAUUUAGAAAUUGCACAUAUAAAUUGAAUAUAUAUGUGAUGCACUAUGCACUAAGUACAAAGAAAUUUAUGACUAUAGGAAUGAAAUAUACUUCAAUACAAAACAAAGUUUCCAAACCUGGUCUCAAUACCCAUACAACUGAAUUAAAAAUUACAACAGUAUAUAGAAUAUAAUCACAAGUUCAUUAGAAGACAUAGCAAAUAAUUAACAAUGGCAAUAAUUCAAACACUUCAUUCAAAUCCUUUUGUCAGUAAUGUGUAAAUAUUUUUAUUUUUUGUUGUAGAUUGUUUAUGCUGACAUUUUGUUUAUUUUUUGUUAACUUUACACUUUUUUAGUAUAUCACAAUAUUUAUCUUUUGCUUGUUGUUGACAAGAUUAUGAAAAUUAGAAACGCAAAGAGGAAGAUGUUUCAAUAAGGUGUUGUUGUAAGAAAACAAUUUUAAGAUUAUGACUACGCAAAUAAAAAAAGUUCAAAGCCUUCUUCGAAAUGGCGAAACUUGCAAAUAUUGUCUUGAAGGCAGCCUGGUUUCUGGUUGGACCAGAACACCUCAUCUUUUUGCAAUUGUACGGUCUCAAGUAAAUAACUAUGGGUUACUUAUUCUGUCGCACCCUGGGAUUGGUUCUAAUGAAACCAUUAUUCGUCCAAAAAGUGCUAUACCAAUGGAUGGAAACUUUCGAUAUCUCUUAAAUAAUAGUGGCACAAACUUCUCAUCCUCAGAUAUUCAACUACAGCUCACAUCAGGUUCAAAUACAUACACUGCUGAAUUUGCAUCUGGGUCUGCAAUGCAAGAUUUUAUGUCAGUGUUAACGAGCAUGUAUAACGGUACGGGAAUAAGCACGUCUUAUGAAUGGUUAAAAGCAUAUAAUGGAGUUAAUAAUGACGCUGAUAGUUCACAAGGGGAAUGGCCGUGGAAUGAAAUAACAAAACCUUCAGUUGCAGAUUAUACACCUAUCGCGUUUGAUGCUGAUGCAGAUAUUACCAAUUUCGAUCCACUCUCUUCUGCAAGUAAAAAGGAUUGCAGUAUUAAAGAUGAUUUAUUAAAAGAUUACGAUGAAAUUGUACCUAAUACUGAAUGUUUGAAUAUUAGUGGUACAAAAGAAAAUAAUUUAUUAGAAGUCACACCAGUAAGAGUGAUACCUACAAAUGAACUGGAUUUAAAAGAUUUCGAUCCUUUAUCAAAAGAGGAGAUAGAGAAAGGCAUUAAAACAGAGAAAAUGAUAUCAGCAGAACUUUUAAGAAGAAGCAGGGAAGUUGUUUCAACUCGUGCUUCUGCUGGCAAAUCAUGGCUUGAACGAACUUUGUCACAAAGCUCAGGUUCAACUGAAACAAAAGAAAGUGGUGGUCAAGAAGAGGCUUUCGAUGUUGUUGAUAAUCUAGAGGUUCAGAAUGUUCGUAACGAAAAUACUGCCCCACCUCCUUAUAAAGGCAAUCUCUCAGGAAAUGUUUUUAAGGGAAUGCGUGCAAGAGAGAAUUUUAUUCGGUUGCAUAUGGCUGCAAGAGAAAAAGAAUUUACUGAGCUAUUUCCAUUCACAUUGCUUGCUGGUACAUGGAAUGUCAAUGGCCAACUGGCUACUGAAAGUUUAGUUCCAUGGCUACAAGAUAAUCCUGAAUCACCAGAUGUCAUUGCAAUCGGAUUUCAAGAGCUUGACUUGAGUGCUGAAGCUUUAGUAUUCAACGAUUCAAGUCGAGAAGAUACUUGGAUGAAAGCUAUUGAGAAUGGUUUACCAAAAAAUACAGAUUAUUUUAAGUUGAAACAUGUUCGUCUUGUUGGUAUGAUGUUGGUUGUGUAUGUUCAAACGAAACAUAAGAUGCAAGUAUCUGAUGUUGAGUCUGAAACAUAUGGGACUGGAAUCAUGGGCAUGAUGGGCAACAAGGGUGGUGUUGCUGUCAGAUUUCAACUGCACAACUCAACAAUCUGUUUUGUCAACUCCCACUUGGCAGCUCAUUUAAUGGAGUAUGAGAGGCGUAACCAGGACUUCCGUGAAGUGUACAGUAAAUUGAAGUUCUCUCUUUUCCAACCACCUAUUGGAAUAUCACAACACAACAUGGUGUUUUGGUUGGGUGAUUUGAAUUAUCGUUUUGAUGACCUGGACCCUGACCAAGUAAAAAAUUUAGUCAGAAAAAACGAUUUCGCAAAACUUUACAAGUAUGACCAGCUUAACAGACAGCAAACUCAACAAAAAGCUUUCGAUGGAUUCAAUGAGGGUAGCCUAACGUUUGCACCAACAUAUAAAUAUGAUCCAGGGACAGACGAUUGGGACACUAGUGAAAAGUCGCGUGCACCAGCUUGGUGUGAUCGUGUGUUGUGGAAAGGAAAACAAAUUGAACAGAUAGCAUACAGAAGUCAUCCUCAAUUGAAAUUAAGUGAUCAUAAACCCGUCAGUGCACUCUUCACUGUUGGAAUCAAAGUUGUUGACCGAGCCAGGGAGCGUAAAGUGUUUGAAGAAAUUGUUCGAAAACUAGACAAACGUGAAAAUGAUUCGCUACCUCAAGUUAAGUUAGGCAAGCACGAAUUUCAAUUUGAUAUUGUGGAAUUCAUGGAAGAGAGGGUGGAGGUUUUACCUGUUGCAAAUAUUGGCCAGAGUCCAGUGGAAUUUCAAUUUAUAGCAAAAUUAGACGAUGCUGACAUUGCAAAACCUUGGUUUCGAGUUAAUCCCUCUGCUGGAUUUAUAAUGCCAGGAGAUGUAUUGGAAAUCGAGUUGUCAGUAAUGGUAGACAAGCUGUCGGCGCCCAUGGUGACUGUAGGAAAUUGCAUUUUAGAUGACAUCUUAGUACUUCAUCUUGUUGAUGGAAAAGAUUUCUUUGUACCCUUAAGUGGCGUAUAUACGCCCAGUGUGUUUGGUUCUUCUCUCGAAGCUUUAGUAAGAAUAUAUGGUCCUAUCAGACAGGUACCAAUGGAUUCUUUAAUUCAAUUGGAAAGUAUAGCCUCCGUAUUUGAUUCAACUGAUGGUGUAUUUCCAGAUUCCACGGAGCCUCUUGAAAUACCGAAAGAACUGUGGUUGUUGAUAGAUCACUUAUUUAAACACGGUAUGACACAGGAGAAUAUUCUUUUGCAGUCUGGUAUCGAUGAAGAAAUUCGUCAGAUUCGGCAUCACUUAGAUACAGGGCAGGGUGGAGAAAUUCCCGGGAGCAUAUUUUCUAUUGGUGAAGCUUUGCUCUUAUUUCUGGAAGCCCUUCCAGAACCUGUCAUCCCAUACAAAUAUCACACGAGAUGCUUAGAAGCAUGCAACAACUAUGUCUUAUGUAAACAGGUAGUAACACAACUUCCAGAGUGUCAUGGCAACGUGUUUCGAUACCUCACUGCAUUUUUACGUGAGUUACUCAAGCAGAGCGCAGAAAACAAACUAGACGCCAAAAUGCUUGCCACAGUGAUGGGCUCCAUCCUGUUGAGAUCGCCGAUGAACCAAAGCAAGAACUUGACCCGCAGAACGCAAUCACAGAUAGCUCAAAAGAAAGCGAAAUUUGUCUUUCAUUUCCUGGUAAAUGACUUCAGAGGUUGAGCUCGAAGAUGUCAUAUUCAAGAGAGAGAGAGAGAGUACGCGACAGGCUUGUAACAGCUGCUCAGAUAAGUUGUUGUGGUGAGGCUGUGUCUAAUAAUGUUUACAGCCAGCCUGUUUUGAGCACUUGUGAAAUCCAAACGGUUAUCCAUGCAUUGCAUUGCAUUGAUUUAAAGAAUAAACAAACAUUUUUUACUGUUUCACGUUUUAUCCCACCUGAUAUUUUAUUUAUAGAUUGCUUUUUAAUUCUAUAUCCCAAUAAUUCUUUUAUUUUCGCGUGUAUUUUAAAUUGGUUGCUUUCUUCUUAACGUUAAGAACAUGGCGACACAUUUUGCUCAACUUUUAACAUUUUUUGAAGCAAUAUGUAUAUUGAUAUUCAGCGUACGUUUAAUUUGUAUUUAUUUUUUUACUAAAUAGAUAUUAAGACAACUUGGAA